GCGUUACAUUUCCAGCAACCUGUCAGGGUGAGCGCUUGUUUCGUGCAGGAUGUGCCGCAGCUGCGUCCCACGCCACUCUGAUAACUUCAGUCUGUCAGAUGAGAUGCAAAGUCACUUCCUCAGACGCGCCACGGCCAAGCAAUGAUCCAACCUGUCCGCGCUGAGCAGGGGACAGGCUUCGCUGGAAAUCAGCUCAAACCCCGGCUAUUUAUCUCUGGGCCCAUCUCUGAUAGAGGCAGGCGCGCUGAGCGGAGGCUAUUUUAACAGACCGCUUAAAGACGGCGGAUGAAGGCGCUCAUACUGUCUGCCUCAGUGAGUCCGGUUCAACAGGAAACCAGAGCAAGUGCGCCGCUUACAGAACUGAAACCUGCAGCGUGCAUGAAGUUCUUCUGGUCAGAUUUUCCAACUCGCAACAGUUUUCAGAUGACUCCACUGACCGGAACAGCAGGAAAUUGGCAGGAGAACAAAUGUACACUGUGUGUCAGAGAAGCCACAGUAACAUAAUCUGCACUGAACAUCACCUGCUAAUGUUCUCCCAGACUUGCAAAAAGCUUUGAACCCGUCAUGCCCUGCAGCCAUUUAUGAAUUGAAGUGAUGGAUAGGUCAUCGUCCACCGUCAGGCGGCGAGCCUGGAUCAACAGCAGCCGGCAAUGGCCGACAGUGGAGGACCUGGAGGGUCCGCUGUGUAACCUCGCAUCCUCGGCCUCCAUAGCAGAUGACGAUGAUGUCUUUUCUGAUGCCAGCUUCAAUGGAAAGAUUGAGAACUGGCUCCUUGGUUGUGGAUCUGAUGUCCGCUUGGAGAACAGCAGGCAGCUAAGUUUCGAGUCUGCACUGCAAGCCAACACCUUUUGUGACGACCUGAGCCUUGGAGCUGAUGCCUCAGUUAUAAACUUUGGAGGAACUACAACUAACUGUCGAAAUCGUUCCUUCACAAAACAGCUCAGCAGGGUCAGCAGCAGUACUCCUCUCCAGAAACUAUGCCCACCGUCACUCAACCUGGGCCACAGCAUGGCCUCCAGCUGCCUUUCCUCCUCCACUUGGAAAACAGUGUCAAGUGUGUCAGAGGUUCUGCAGAUAUGUUCAGAGGAUGCAGAGGAGACUCUGUACGAACUGGGUUUUGGCUGCGAAGAACCGCAGGUCACCGUUCGCAUCCCUCCUCGAUUCUUCACCUUCCCCUCUCAGGCUCAAGGCAUCAACUUCCGCCUCUUCCUGGACGCCCAGAUCCGGCGAAUAAGAGAGGAGGACCCCAGCCUUUCACUUGCCAGUCGUUUCAGACAAGUGCAAGUGCUUACAGCCAUGGCCAAUGCUUUCUAUUCCCUCUACUCCCACGUGUCCCGCACUCCUCUCCAGAAGCUGGCCACGCCAGAGUUCAGCUUCUCCUCUCCUGUGGAGAGGAUUGAACGGUUUAGGACCAGUGUUCGCAGCGAGCCUCGCUCUCCUGUGGAGAGGCUGAAGGACACUGUAAACAAAAUGUGCCUCUACACCGGCUCUCCUCGCGGGUCGGACUCCACCUCUCCACAGCCCUCACCCAGAAAGAGAUCCAGCCUUCCUGACGUGGUGGAUGUAAUGCUGAAAUUCAAGACCGGGAGUGCCAAGAAGCUGGAUUUGGGGGAACAUGACAGGUGUGGAUCUUGUGAGGAUUUUAGGCUGCUAUCAGACGGUGGAGAUACAGCGCAAGUGAAGCAGACUGUAGAGGACACAGACAUUUGCAAGGAGGAGACGCCUGACAACGAAGAGGCAGAUAAUGCUGAUAAUGUCAGACAAGAAUAUUGUGAAAGAACAUCUCUAGAGUCAUCUUUGUCAAGAGAAACCGUGAUAGAAACAGAAACUCUGCUAGCCACGAAUCGGUCAGAGCUGGACUCAUGUUUGACACAAAGGGACACAAGGACUCCUGCCGCCAAAGUUUCAUAUGAUCUAAUCUGCCCUCCAAUAGUGGAGCGUGUACAUCAGGCUUCUUUCUGUUGUCAAAACCAAAACCGCUUCUUUCAUAUCUCUGGGACAGAAAGUAGAGACAGACUAAGCUCUCUAGUGCAAACCCCUACCUCUAAGCCUAAUGAAGACUUACAUUCUGAAUCUAAUAGAAAGAGCCUACAGGUGGAUGGAUCUGGAUCACCUCUGGUUCUCGAGCCUAGAGACAGCAACGCUCACUGCUGCAUCACGGUGACGGGCUUUGAAGACGAGGACGCGUCGUCGUCCUCCAUGAACUCCUGCCAUGCUUCACCUGGCUUAUCCAAGCGGACUCCUGCAGAGCUGUGUAAUGAGGGAGAGGGACAGUACCUGAACCCGUUAACCCAUCCAGGCCUGGGCAAAUUCUCCAGCAAUCGUCAGCAGGUCAACUCAUUCGAGCUGGAGGAGGUGCAUAGCGCAGGAGAGGAAGAUUUUGGACAACCAGAAGCGAGUACCGUCACUUCGUCACUCUCUAGAAAACAUUCACGCAAAGGUGAAGUGGUGCGGGGCGACAGCGUGCAGUCAGACAGCAGUGGCUACGCAGACGAAGAAGUCAGCCCGUCGUUAGACAUGGCAGGUGACGGAGAGAAAAAGGCAGGACUAAAAUGUACCACAAGAUCUGGAAACCUUUUCCCGUUGGAAAGCAGAUCUCCACAUUGACUUUGCUUGAACUCUUAAAAUGUGAAUGUUUCAGAGGCUACAGACAAAAAAGAAAACGUACAAAACAUGAUUAUGUGAAACAGAACUGUGUAAACGAGCAAAGACUUAGACAGUGAAGUGUAACGGAAUGGUACUUUAAUUAGGGUAAAAACAACUUCAAUUCUUACAAAAAAUGUUUUAUCGGGGAAAAAAAAAA